AUGAACUUCACCUCCUCCUCGUUGCUACGUCGUAAGAAGGAUACCAGGCGUGGUAUCAAGUUUUCAAUCAUGACUGUGGGCGCCUCUGGCUCCGGCAGAACCACCUUCAUCAAUUGCUUGUUGGGUAGGAAAACCAUCCCCCACAAAUUCCAGCCUGUUGGCACCUCAAUUGAAGAGCCCAAGACGUUGUCCUUUACUGGUGGCAAGGGCGUCUCCACCAUCAACGCUGCUACUUUUGAACGAGAGUUCAAUCCUACAAGCGCCCAUGAAGAGCCUGGCAUUGCCAUAACUGAGGCAAACAUAGAACUCAUUGACGAAGACUCCAAGCUACUAUUGACCAUAAUUGAUACUCCUGGGUUUGGGGAAAACAUUGACAACGACGUCUGUUUUAGUGAAAUCAUAUCAUACUUGCAAGCCCAGUUUGACAAUGUUUUAGCAGAGGAGACCAGAGUUAGAAGAAAUCCAAAAUUCCAAGAUACAAGAGUCCACGUCUGUCUCUAUUUCAUUCCAGCAACUGGCCAUGGAUUGAGAGAAUUGGAUGUUGAAACCAUCAAGAAACUAUCAAAAUACGUCAACGUCAUUCCAGUCAUUACAAGAGCCGAUUCAUUUACAGAAGAAGAGCUAAAAUUAUUCAAAGAAAAUAUUGUCAGGGAUAUUGAAAAAUUCAAUGUGCCAGUUUUCCAAUUCACCUACGACGAAGAAGAAGACGAUCCUGAAACCAUUGAUGAAAACAAGUAUUUGCAAGAGAUUCAACCAUUUGCUGUUAUAUGUUCUGAAGACACUUUUUCUCUUAAUGGCAGAAAAGUUCGUGGCAGAAAAUACCCCUGGGGUUUCAUUGAUAUAGAUGACCCACACGUAAGCGAUUUUUCAACCUUGAAAUCUGUCUUAUUGGGCUCUCAUCUACAAGAUCUAAAAGACCUAACUCACGACUUCCUUUAUGAAAACUACAGAACUGAAAAAUUAAAAUCGGUCCCAGGAGUCGAUGAAUAUGACAAUAAUAGGGACUCAUUUAUUCCUGAACCUCCAACUUUAUCCAGCUUGACCAAAAUAGCCGCUCAAAGAGACACGAUAAUCUUCGAUAACCCACAAAACUUCAACUUUGAUGCUUCGGCUGAUAAUGCAUCUCUCAAGACAAACGAGACACCAAGAGGUAUCUCAUCCAAUGAAUUGAAACCACCAGGAACCCCCAAUACCUUCAAUAGUACAACACUUCCUACCUCUGUCGCCGACUCGCCAAAUGUAAAUAGAUCCCAAUUGAGAGUAUUAUCAGAAACUGUUCCAUACGCUCUUAGUCAGGAAAGAAUCAGAAAACAACAACAAAGAUUGGAAGAACUAGAGGCCCAAUCAGCUAAGGAAUUGGCCUUUAGAGCUGCUGCUUUGGAAAAGAAAGCCGCUGAAUUAAAAGCUAGAGAACAGAAAUUGAUGCUUCAAGCUGAAAAGGAAAAGGAAUUGAAAAAGAAAUUAUUGCAAUUGCAAGAGCAAAACAGAGUUUAUGCCUCCAACCUCACCCCAAAUUCUGAUAUCAACCCUGAAAACGUUCAACAAUAA